UGUUAAAAGGCAAAAAACCAUUUUGCCAACUCCGCUCGUCUGCUCUCUCUUAUGAGACCAGUGACACAGUGCGCGAGAGUAUUUCUCUCUCUACAGUCCGCAAAACCGAAAAACGAAACAAAAAUCAAAUAGAGAAGAAGGAGAAGAAUAAGCAAGCCCCUUCUCUCGUAUUCCUGAACCCUAUUCUCACUUUCUCUCUAAAAUCUCUCUGAAAUCUCUCUAUAAUUUAUAUGUAAAAUCAUCAUAAGAAGAAGAUAUCAAAACCCAACACUUCUUCUUCUAUAUACUGAUGCGUAAUAUCGUGGUUUAGUUUUUGGGUUUUGAUUUAUCAAAUUAGAGGAGAAACAGAAGAAUAAUAAUAAGUUAUAGGAUUCAAGAGGAAGAAAUUAUUCAUAAACCCUAAUUUUUUGAAUUUGAAAUGGAGGCGGCUACAGAUAAUCAGGUACAGGGCGGUGAAUCAGAAGAACCCCCAAGGAAUAAUGAAAAUGAAAUUGAAGAUUUGGUAUCUAAAGCACAGGAAUUAAUGACUAAAAUCACAUCGUCGAGGCUUAAUCCUAGUCCCAAGGUUUUAAACGCCAUUGCUUCAAUGCUCGAAACUCAAGAAUCCAGAUACAUGGAGGAGUUGGGUAAUUCAGCUCCAAACAAUGGAAGAGCUUCUCAUAAUAUUGGAAGACUGGGGAAUGUUGUCCGGGACAAUGAUGAGUUUUUCGAAUUGAUAUCAUCUGAGUUUCUAUCUGAUUCUGGAUACUCAUUAAGUAUUCAGUCAGCUGCUAUAAGGCUGCUUCUCAGCUGCUCUACAACUUGGGUGUUUCCUCAUGUAUUUGAAGACGUGGUAUUGGAAAACAUAAAAAAUUGGGUAAUAAAUGACAAUUCAAGAUCUAAUGCUGAUGAACCUGACAAAAAAAAAGUUAUCAGAAGAGAUAAGCCUACUGAUUCUGAAACGCUAGGGACAUAUGCCACUGGACUUCUAGCUGUAUGUUUAUCUGGAGGCGGUCAGAUAGUAGAGGAUGUGCUGACGUCUGGUCUGCCAGCCAAACUUAUGCGCUUUCUUCGUAUUAGGGUGCUUGGAGACACAAAUAUCAGUCAAAAGGAUGCUAAUUACCAAGCUGAACUGAAGAAUGCUUCUGGUUCUAUGAGAAGCAGAGACGACAGCAGGAUCAGAUCUCGACAGGUCCCGGAGUCCACUCACUUGGAUGGUACCAAGAUUGGAGACGAAGGUUUAUUAGUUGAGCAUAAUUUUGAAAGGGGAGAUGUUGGGGGAUCAUGCGAACCUCGUGAAGUAGUUGAUGAUAUGAGUGAAGGGGUUGAUAAAUAUGAUGUAAACGAGCACGUGGGUGAAGGCAGGUGGCACAUCAGAGAUUUACUCGAUGAUAAAACAAAACUUCGUGGAUUGCCAAAAGCAAGAGCUAGGGGUAGGACUAAUGAGGAAGCAGUGGAGUCUGAUAAAAUUCUAACUUCUCCAGGUUCUGGAAUACGUGUAGGAGCACACGGGAAGAACACGAGGGACAGGAGUUCUCAUCGAAAUGCAGAUGCAAAAAGAGGUUCGGAUGCCAAGAUAAGUUCAAGCAGGAUCGAAACUGAUGGCUUCAUAGAGAGAUUGGAUAGUGAUGAUCACUUCAAAGAAUUCAAAAUUGGCACAACUGACAUAUCCGACCUUGUAAAGAAAGCAACUAGGGCAGCUGAGGCUGAAGCUAGCGAAGCCAAUGCAUCUCUUGAAGCCAUCAAACAUGCGGGUGAUGGUGCAGCCGAACACGUCAAAGCUGCUGCAUUAGAGGUGUUCCACAGUACCAAUGAUGAAGGAGCUGCAGUUGCUGCUGCUGCUGAAGCAGUGCGCACUAUUAUUAAUGCCGCCAAUGCACCUGAGGUCUCAAGGAGCUCAAGUAAUGUGAAGGAAGACCCGACGAUUUCAGGGUCUGUAGAGAUAGAAAAAGAGGAGGAAUAUGAAGGAUAUUUUACUUUAGAUUGUGAUUCUCUUGCACAGUUAAAAGAAAAAUACUGUAUUCAGUGUCUGGAUAGCCUAGGAGAAUACGUAGAGGUUCUUGGACCUGUUUUGCAUGAGAAGGGUGUAGACGUCUGCCUAGCGCUGCUACAGAGGAGUUCUAAGAGUAAAGAGGUUUCAAAGUUUAUGAUGCUGCUGCCUGAUGUGCUGAAGUUAGUAUGUGCAUUAGUUGCGCAUCGUAAAUUUGCUCAAACUUUUGUUGAUCGUGGUGGUAUUCAGAAACUCCUUGCAGUGCCAAGAGUCGGUCAUACGUUCUUUGGUCUUUCUUCGUGCUUAUUUACUAUUGGAUCUCAGGGCAUUAUGGAACGCGUUUGUGCUCUGCCAUCCGAUGUUGUGUACCAUGUAGUCGAGUUAGCUCUUCAGCUUCUUGAGUGCAACCAGGAUUUGGCGAGAAAAAAUGCUGCUUUGUUUUUUGCAGCAGCUUUUAUUUUCAGGGCAAUCGUGGAAUCAUUUGAUUCACAAGAGGGUUUGAAGAAGCUACUGAACCUUUUACAAGCUGCGGCAUCAGUGAGAUCAGGAAGCAAUUCUGGGACGCUGGGCUUGUCUAACGGGGGAUCUCUGAGGAAUGACCGAUCACCUGGAGAGGUUCUAACAGCUCUGGAGAAGCAGGUCGCUUAUCAUUCCUGUGUCGCACUGCGGCAGUAUUUCAGAGGCCACCUGCUUCUUCUUGUUGAAUCUCUUCGUCCAAGUAAAAGUAGUCGAAAUGCUGGCCGAAAUAUGCCAAGUGCAAGGGCCGCAUACAAGCCACUCGAUAUUAGUAAUGAGGCUGUAGAUGCAGUAUUUAUACAAAUACAGAGGGACAGGAAGCUUGGUACCGCUUUUGUCAGAUCACAUUGGCCUGCAGUAGAGAAGUUCUUAGAAUUCAAUGGGCAUAUUACCAUGUUGGAGCUGUGUCAUGCACCCCCUGUUGAGCGGUAUUUGCAUGAUUUGGCUCAAUAUGCACUAGGAGUCCUACACAUAGUCACAUUGGUGCCUUCUGGUCGUAGGUCGGUCGUGAACGCUACAUUGAACAAUAACCGGGUUGGUAUGGCAGUUUUACUGGAUGCAGCAAAUGCUGCUGGUUGCGUUGAUCCAGAGGUUAUUCAGCCUGCAUUGAAUGUUCUAGUUAAUCUUGUUUGCCCACCACCUUCAAUCAGCCUUAAACCAUCUGUGUCUUCACAAGCUCAACAGUCGCUUUCUCUUCAGAUUCCUACUGGUCCUGCAGCUGAGACUAAAGAAGGGCAUGCUGGAAAAUUUUUCUCUGAUCGUUCUAUUUCCGAGAGGAAUGAGGCAUCUACUGUUGCAGAACGAGGUGGUCCCUUAACUGCUGAACGAGGUGCUUCAGUCUCAAACAGUAAUUUACAAACGGCCGUUCCUACUAUGAAUUCAGGGGUAGUUGGAGAUCGUAGAAUAUCUUUAGGUCCUGGGGCAGGUUCUCUUGGUCUUGCCACACAGUUGGAACAAGGAUACUGGCAAGCUAGAGAGGCUGUCCGUGCCAACAAUGGGAUAAAAGUUCUUUUGUACCUUCUCCAUCCACGGGUACUUACACCUCCUGCUUCUCUUGAUUGUCUCCGCGCUCUUGCAUGCCGGGUCUUGCUCGGUCUAGCUAGAGAUGAUUCAAUAGCGCACAUAUUGACAAAGCUUGAGGUGGGGAAAAAAUUAUCAGAAUUAAUUAGAGAUCCAGGUGGUCAGCCACAAGGAAGUGAGCAGGGCAGGUGGCAAGCUGAACUUGCGCAAGUUUCAAUCGAGUUGAUAUCGAUCGUAACAAAUUCGGGGCGUUCAAAUACUUUAGCAGCAACUGAUGCUGCUGCCCCAACUUUGAGGCGCAUAGAGAGAGCAGCAAUAGCUGCUGCAACUCCUAUUAGUUAUCAUUCCAGGGAGUUGUUACUACUAAUCCAUGAGCAUCUCCAGGCAUCUGGCUUGAACACAACAGCUACCUCUCUUUUAAGGGAGGCUCAGUUGACACCAUUGCCUUCUUUGGCAGGACCACUCCCUCCCCUUCAUCAAACUUCUUUACAUGAGGCCCCAACUAUGCAAUUACACUGGCCUUCACGUGGGUUUCUGUCAAAAUUGUCAAAGCCAACUGUACGCCUUGAAGAACCAUCUAUAUCUGGUUCACUUUUGGCUUCUACUAAGAAGAAAGCAUUGCUGUUAAGUAACCGCAGCUUUCAGUCAAGAAACCCAUCAUCGGCAAUCAAAAUAUCCAGUGCAUUAAAAAGUCCAAUUCCAUCAAUAGCACCACAAACACCUACAGUGUCUAUGCCCAUCCCCAAUUCAGAUUCAGAACCUCAAUUUAAGACUCCAACGGUCCUGCCAAUGAAACGCAAGCCGACGGACUUCAAGGAUUGUGGGUUUGCUUCAUCAGCUAAGCGUCUUGCUAUGGGUGAACAUGGGUUUCGAUCUCCUGUACACCAAACACCUAAUGCGGUCCGUAAAAACAAUUUGCCUAUAGAUAUUGGGUUUCCGGUCACACCAAGCUCAAGCCAGAUAGAUCACAAUGGUAAAACUCCAGGUGGUACUUUUGCGGAUAAUACUGAUGAUACUCAUCAUCUUAACACCCCUUCAGGUCAGAUGACACCUAGUAAUUCUUUCCAGAUGGGUCUUCAACCUGAUCCACAACCAGGGAACUCAGAAAGGGUGACAUUAGACUCUCUGGUUGUGCAGUAUCUGAAGCAUCAGCAUCGGCAGUGCCCAGCUCCUAUAACCACUUUACCACCUCUCUCUUUGUUACAUCCACAUAUGUGCCCGGAACCGCGACGAAACGUGGAGCUGCCUGCAAAUGUAACAUCUCGACUGUCCACGCGUGAGUUUAGAAAUCAUUACGGUGGGAUUCAUGGUACCCGAAGAGACAGGCAGUUUAUAUAUAGCAGAUUUAGACCUUGGCGCACUUGCAGGGAUGAUUCUGCUCUUCUGACAUGCAUAGCUUUCGUUGGUGACUCCUCUCGGAUUGUUACAGGGAAUCAUUCUGGUGAGCUAAAAAUUUUUGAUUCUGAAAGUGGGAAUAUCUUGGAGAGUAGUACGGGUCAUCAAUCACCAUUAACACGCAUACAAUCAGCUCUAUCUGGUGAUACUCAGUUGAUUCUCUCUUCGGGCUCAUAUGAAGUACGACUUUGGGAUGGAUCUUCAAUUUUAGGUGGUCCCAUGCAUUCUUUUGAUGGAUGCAAGGCGGCGCGGUUCAACAACUCGAAGACAAUGUUUGCUGCCUUAUCAACAGAGACAUCACCGCGUGAAGUUCUACUGUAUGAUAUACAGACCUGCAAUUUGCUUACGAAGUUCUCCGAUGCUGCCAGUUCUUCUGGACCUGGCAGAGUACAUGUACAAUCCCUGAUACAUUUCCAUCCAGAUGAUGAAAGGCUGCUAUGGAAUGGAGUGUUGUGGGACAAGCGAACUCCCAGUGUUGUUCGCCAAUUUGAUCAGUUUACAGACUACGGAGGAGGUGGCUUUCAUCCUGCUGGCAAUGAGGUAAUCAUCAAUUCAGAGGUUUGGGAUCUUCGAAAUUUCAAGCUUCUGCGAAGCGUGCCCUCGUUGGACCAAACUGUGAUAACAUUCAAUACUUCUGGAGAUGUGAUAUAUGCUAUCUUGAGGAGGAACGUCGAAGACAUAACAUCAGCAGUAAACUCUCGCCGAGUAAGGCAUCCACUAUUUUCAGCAUUCAGAACGGUGGAUGCUGUGAAUUAUUCCGACAUUGCCACAGUGCCUGUGGAUCGCUGCGUCCUUGAUUUUGCCACAGAACCGACAAAUUCUUUUGUUGGGUUGGUAUCUAUGGAUGACCAUGAGGAGAUGUUUGCAUCUGCAAGACUGUAUGAAAUAGGACGUCGUAGACCUGCAGACGAUGAUUCUGACCCUGACGAUGCAGAGAGUGAGGAAGAUGACGGAGAUGAUGACUCAGAGGACGAUGAAGACGGAUUGAUGGGAGCUGAUCUAGUUGGUGACAUGGAUAGUGACCUUGGGGAUAUGAGUCAUGAUGAUGAUGAUGAUGAUGAUGAUGAAGAUGAGGAUGAUGAUGAUCUUGGUGACGAUGAGGACGAUGGCCUUGAUGGUGAUUUUGGAAUGGAUGUUGACGAUGAUGAUGAUGGAGAUUUUGGUGAUGAUGGAGUGUUGGAGAUUGUGACAGACGGCGAAGAUGAUGAUAGUGAUAGUAGCGGGGAUGAGGGAGAUUUUCCUUAAAUUUUAGUGGCUAUGUAAUUAUGUAUAAAUUUUUGAUUCAUUAAAAUGAGAGUAAUUUCAACUUAUUGUUGGUUUAA